CAUUUGUUUAUAUACCAUAUAUUUCUCAAGAACAAAUACAAGCAACUUAAUAUUAAAAGUAUAAAAUUUUCUACUAUGUCUAACACAUUUGAAGAUUUCAGAAGUAAUUUUGCCGAAACCGAAUGGCAAUUUUGGUGUAGACUCUGUGCUAAAGACGAUGUACGAAAUAUCAAUAUAUAUGCAGAGCAAAAACAAACUCCAGUUGACACAAACGAACUUGUAGAUUUCAUAGCGGAGUUUUUUAAAAUUCAUAUACGGCAAAAUGAAAAUUUACCACAUUGGCUUUGCGCACAAUGCUUCUCGUUGGUUUCCUCCUUGUCCAAAUUCAAAAAACAAGUUAACAAAGUACAGAGUAUGUACAAUGAAAUACAAAGUUCUGGCAACAGAAAUGUUAUAGAUUUUCGAGUAAUACGAGAUAGAUACAAUAUACUUGAGUAUGAGUUCGUUAUGUUUAAUAGGUCGGAUACAAAGUCAGCUAUUGAAAAUAUCUUUGUUGCCGAUGCACCAGAAAUAGUUGUACACAACUCCUUGGAUAAUAUUGUGAAGAGUGAAAUCAUAUCGGACGAGUUGCAGAGUGGCAUCUUUCUUAAUGAAAGCGAAUAUAAUAAUGAAUUUCAAGAUCCAAUUGGUGAUGUAAUUGCAAAUCCUACUGAUGAAGUAGAGAGUAAUAUUUCCUUUAACAAUAUUAAAGAAGAUAGUGAGUCCGAACCAAAUGGAAAAGAAUGCAAGAAACCCAAUCGGAUGAAAAGGAAACUAAAUUCUUCGGAUCAAGAAUCAAAAACAGUCAAAUUCUUCUGUAACGAAUGCUCACUACAUUUCAAAAGGAGUAGCAAUUAUUGCAUACAUAUGAAGAAAAAACACGGUAUUGACAUAGAAAGAGAUCCUUCUUCUUGUUUUUCUUGUCCGCAAUGCUCACGAACUUUCAAAUCUAGAUUUAAAUUGAAUCGUCAUAUAAAAAUACAUCGACCUUUAGCUGAGAAGCGUAUAUUUCCAUGUCCACAGUGUGAUAGAAAAUUCCAAACUAAGGAUUAUGUUUUCCGACAUAUAAAAUUUGUACAUGAAGAUAUACGUCCAUUCAUUUGCGAAGAGUGUGGUGAGUGUACACGUACGGAAGCUACACUACGGGAGCACAUGCUUAUACAUACCGACUACGCACCUUUUGAAUGUGAAGUUUGUAAGAAAGGAUUUAAAAAUCAAGCGCGUUUAAAGAAUCAUAUGGAGAUGCACAGCGAUCAUAAACAUAUAUGCAGCGAAUGUGGCUUAGAAUUGAAUUCGCGUGUAACCUUGAAUCGUCAUAUGCUUGUUCAUUCUGAUGAGAUGCGCCAUAAGUGCGAUUAUUGUGGGCGUGAAUUCAAACGAGCGAAAACUUUAAAAACUCACUUAAUACUUCAUAGUGGCUUAAAACCAUAUUCAUGUGACUUCUGUGACAAAACGUUUGCCAAUGGCUCAAAUUGUCGUACUCAUAAAAGAAAGUCGCAUCCCGAAGAAUUGGCGGCUUUAGAGGCUUCCGGAGAAAAGAAAUUCACCAAAAAUAUCCCUAAAUUAGCGGUUUUAAAGACAGUUACACGCACAGCUGAGAAUCUACUUCCCGUGGUAUCCAAACAAAGUGGAAAUUUUUCUUUCGGCAAGAAACCGAAACCCCCAUCUAGUUGUAAAGAUGAAACACAACAAUAUAUUGAAAAUAAAAUGCAGCAGAAUGAAAAUUUACCACAUUGGCUUUGUGCACAAUGCUUUUCAUUGGUUUCGACCUUGUUCAAAUUCACAAAACAAGUUAACAUGGUGCAAAGAAUGUACAACGAAAUACAAAGUUCUGGCAACAAAAAUGUUAUAGAUUUUCGUGUGAUACGAGAUAAAUAUAAUUUACUUGAGUAUGAGUUCGUCACGUCUAAUAGGUCGGAUACAAAAUCAUCUAUUGAAAAUAUCUUUGUUGCCGCUGCACCAGAAAUAUUUGUACACAACUCCUUGGAUAAUAUUGUUAAGAAUGAAAUCAUAUCGGACGAGUUACAGAGUGGCAUCUUUCUUAAUGCAGGCGAAUAUAAUAGGGAAUUUCAAGAUCCAAUUGGUGAUGUAAUUACAAAUCCUACUGAUGAAGUAGAGAGUAAUAUUUCCCUUAACCAUAUUAAAGAUGAUAGUGAAUCCGAACCAAAUGGAAAACAAUACAAAAAACAAAGUCGGAUGAAAAAGCAACCAAAUUCCUCGGAUCAAGAAUCAAAAACAGACAAAUACUUCUGUAACGAAUGCUCACUACAUUUCAAAAGGGGUAGUAAUUAUGGUAUUCAUAUGAAGAAAAAGCACGGUAUUGACAUAGCAAGAGAUACUUGUUUUUCUUGUUCGCAAUGUUCGAAGACUUUCAAAUAUAAAUUCAAAUUAAAUCGUCAUGUAAAAAUACAUCGACCGUUAGCGGAAAAGUGUAUAUUUCCAUGUCCACAAUGUGAUAGAAAAUUCCAAACUAAGGAUUAUGUUUUGCGACAUAUAAAGUUUGUUCAUGAAGAUAUACGCUCAUUCGUUUGCGAAGAGUGUGGUGAGUGUACACGCACGGAAGCUACACUGCGGGAGCACAUGCUUAUACACACCGACUAUGCACCUUUUGAAUGUGAAGUUUGUAAGAAAGGAUUUAAAAAUCAAGCGCGUUUGAAGAGGCAUAUGGAGAUGCACAGCGAUCAUAAACAUAUAUGCGGUGAGUGUGGUUUAGGAUUGAAUUCGCGUUUAACUUUGAAUCGUCAUAUGAUUGUGCAUUCUGAUGAAAUGCGGCAUAAAUGUGAUUAUUGUGGGCGCGAAUUUAAACGUGUGAAAGCUUUAAAAAGUCAUUUAAUACUUCAUAGUGGCUUAAAGCCAUAUUCAUGUGACUUCUGUGACAAAACGUUUGCCCAUGGCUCAAAUUGUCGCACUCACAAAAAAAAAUUUCAUCCCGAAGAAUUUGCGGCCUUAGAGGCUUCCGGAGAAAAGAAGUUCACUAAAAAUAUCCCUAAAUUAGCGGUUUUAAAAACAGUUACCCGCACAGCUGAGAAUCUUCUGCCCGUGAAGUAUUUACGCCUUAAUAUAUACAGCACUGCGUUGCUACCUCUGAAAAUCCAAGAUGGCCGCUAUUCACCCCUCAGAAAGCUACCACGAAAAGGUUAUCUACGGUAUAUACUGUGGUUUAUAUACCAUAUAUUUCUCAAGAACAAAUACAAGCAACUUAAUAUUAAAAGUAUAAAAUUUUCUACUAUGUCUAACACAUUUGAAGAUUUCAGAAGUAAUUUUGCCGACACCGAAUGGCAAUUUUGGUGUAGACUCUGUGCUAAAGACGAUGUACGAAAUAUCAAUAUAUAUGCAGAUCAAAACCAAACUCCAGUUGACACAAACGAACUUGUAGAUUUCAUAGCGGAGUUUUUUAAAGUUCAUAUACGGCAAAAUGAAAAUUUACCACAUUGGCUUUGUGCACAAUGCUUUUCAUCGGUUUCGACCUUGUCGAAAUUCACAAAUCAAGUGAACAGAGUACAGAGUAUGUACCACGAAAUUCAAAAUUCUGGUCACAGAAAAGCUGAAGAUUUUCGGGUUAUCCGAGAAAAAUAUAAACUACUUGGGUAUGAGUUAUAUUUGUUGAACAUAUCGGAUACCAAACCAUCUAUUGAAAAUAUUUUUGUUGCUGAUGCACCCGAAAUAAUUGAACAUAAAUCAUUGGAUAGUAUUAUAAAAAGUGAAGUAAUAACGGACGAGUUACAGAGUGGUAUAUUUCUUAAAGACAUCGAAUUUAAUAGUGAAUUCCAGGAUCCCAUUGGUGAUGCAGUUGAAAAUCUUUCUAAUGAAGUAGGUAGUAGUGAACGCCUAAGUAAAUAUAAUAGUGAAUUCCAAGAUCCCAUUGGCGCAGUUGAGAAUCAUACUAACAAAGUAGAUAGUACUGAAUUUCCAAGUAAUAGCAUAAAAGACAAUAACUCAGAAGUUACUAGCAAAGUAUAUAGCAAAAUCCAUCGUCUGAAAAAGCGUAAAAGUUCUUCGGAUGAGGAAUCGAAUGUAAACAAACACUUUUGUAACGAUUGCACACUCCAUUUCAAAAAAAGUAGCAAUUAUCUUAUACAUAUGAGGAAAAAACAUGGUGUUGAAACACUACCUAGCAUCAUUUCUUGUCCACAAUGUUCCAGAACUUUCAAAUCUAAAUUCAAUUUAAAACGACACCUUAAGAUACAUCGACCUGUAGCAGAGAAGAAAAUAUAUCCAUGUCCACAAUGUGACCGAAAAUUCCAAACGAAAGAUUAUGUAUUUCGUCAUAUUAAGUUUGUGCAUGAAGAAAUUCGCCCGUUCAUUUGCGAAGAAUGUGGUGAAGGUACGCACACCGAAACUACACUGCGGGAGCACAUGCUUAAACAUACGGACUAUGCCCCUUUUGAAUGUGAGAUUUGUAAGAAAGGAUUUAAAACUCAAGCACGUUUGAAGAAUCAUAUGGAAAUGCACAGCGAUCAUAAACAUAUAUGCAGCGAAUGUGGUUUAGAAUUGAAUUCGCGUGUAACCUUGAAUCGUCAUAUGCUUGUGCAUUCUGAUGAGAUGCGUCAUAAGUGCGAUUAUUGUGGGCGCGAAUUCAAACGAGCGAAAACUUUAAAAACUCACUUAUUACUUCAUAGUGGUUUAAAGCCAUAUUCAUGUGACUUCUGUGACAAAACGUUUGCACAUGGCUCAAAUUGUCGCACUCACAAAAGAAAGUUUCAUCCCGAAGAAUUUGCGGCCUUAGAGGCUUCCGGAGAAAAGAAGUUCACUAAAAAUAUCCCUAAAUUAGCGGUUUUAAAAACAGUCACCCGCACAGCUGAGAAUCUGCUGCCCGUGGUAUGUAAACAAAGUGGAAACUUUUCUUCCGGCAAAAAACCGAACCUCCAAUCAGUUGUAAAGGAGAAACACAACACCGUUCCUACGACAGUCGGGUCUAAGUAAACGGAGCGGGCCCGGAUUUUUAUCCAAUGUUGUCAAUUCGGCGCCAUUCCUCGAAAUUACUUCAGGAAUGUUUUCUGCCGCUUCAACAACAACAACGAAACAUAAAAAUAUGCAGGGAAUAAUAAAUAAGUGUGUGCGGUAUUUCCUUGUUCAACAUUAACAAACUUUGUGAGUAUUAAUGUCCUUACUUUUUCAAAGCUGUGAUUGUGCUCAAGUGAUUACUCUUGGCCGGCGACCUGAUGAUGACUAAAUAACAGACAAUAUAAUACCAAGAAUUGAUAACUGGGUCAAUGGGUAUACACAUGCAACCUACAUUCACUUAUGUCUAUGAUGAUUGAUACAUAUUAAUGGCUACUAUAUUUCUAGUUUACGUGUUUAAAACUAAGUCUUAAUUUUUAAUGACUAAAACGUCUGCAGUUAUUGUAAAUGUAUAAAAAGAAGCCACUUUAUACAACGGAUUGAAAUGCUCUUUUUAAAGCCUCACUUAAGCAUACCAAAAUUGUCAGUAUGUAUUGAAAUAUAUUUAUAGGAGAAUCAGACAUAAUUACAUAUGUACAUACAUAUGCCUGAUCGUAGUGAUAAGUCAUAGUCUUAAAUUAUUUCACUAAGUUAAUAUUUUUUAUUGCAAUAUAUUAUAAUAAAUGUUAAUCAGGA